AUGCGUGAACAGGACAUCCCGUACACAGCAGUGAGCACCCCUAGUGGUAUGCUCUGGGAGUGGCUAGUGAUGUCACAGGGGCUAAGUAAUGCCCCUGCUACGUUCAACAGAUGUGUUACGAAUCUGUUGCGAUCAAUGCGCAAUUUCGCACCGAGUUACUUCGACGAUGUCUUCGUCCAUAGCCGGGCUAUGGAUGGAAAGUCGGACGUUGAGGUUCACAAAAUCCACGUCCGGAAGGUCCUUACACUAACGCAAGAGCGUAAAUUGUUCGCGAACCUCAAGAAGUGUAUAUUCGCAGCGAACGAAAUACCACUUCUUGGCUGCAUUGUGGGUAAAAACGGUGUACAUCCUGAUCCGGAAAAGAUCAAGGCGAUUAGCAACUGGCCUGUGCCAGUCGACUUCAAGGGACUUCUAAGUUCCUUGGCUUAG